AUGUCUGCCCCCGCUGCCUUCUCCGACAUCGCCAAGGCGACCAACGAUCUCCUGAACAAGGACUUCUACCACGCCGCGGCUGCCAACCUUGAGGUUAAGUCCAAGGCCCCCAACGGUGUUACCUUCACCGUUAAGGGCAAGUCCGCUCACGAGGGACCCAUUGCUGGCCAGCUUGAGGCCAAGUACGUCGAUGCUCCUACCGGUAAGGGUCCCCUCCGGCGCAAACCACCCGAUCCCGGCGCUGUCAAAACCCAACCCAUGACGUUCUUUUACUCAUGUGGCCUUACCCUGACCCAGGCUUGGACCACCGCCAACGCUCUUGACACCAAGCUCGAGCUUGACAACAACAUUGCCAAGGGCCUCAAGGCUGAGAUCCUCACUCAGUACCAGCCCGCUAAGCAGUCCAAGGGCGCCAAGCUUAACCUCUACUUCAAGCAGCCCAACCUGCACGCUCGCGCCUUCUUCGACCUCCUGAACGGCCCCACCGCCAACCUUGACGCCGUUCUCGGCCACGAGGGCUUCCUCGUCGGUGCUGAGGGUGGUUACGAUGUCACCAAGGCUGCCAUCACCAAGUACUCCGCUGCCGUCGGCUACAGCGUUCCCCAGUACUCCGCUGCCAUCACUGCCAGCAACAACCUGUCUCUGUUCUCCGCUAGCUACUACCACCGCGUGAACGCUCAGGUUGAGGCCGGUGCCAAGGCUUCCUGGGACUCCACUUCCGGCAACGCUGUCGGUCUCGAGGUCGCCUCCAAGUACCGCCUGGACCCCUCUUCCUUCGCCAAGGCCAAGAUCAACGACCGUGGUAUCGCCGCUCUGGCCUACAACGUCCUGCUCCGCCCCGGUGUCACUCUCGGCCUCGGUGCCUCCUUCGAUACCCAGAACCUGAACCAGGCUGCCCACAAGGUUGGCGCCAGCUUCACUUUCGAGGCUUAA